AUGUACGAAUAUUUGGGACAUCUAUACGUUCUUCCAUCAGUUUCCCCCGACCCAGCGAUUGAGUCCGAAGAGCAUUCCACCCAGCCUCCCCCGCCACGACCGCUCGUGGGUGGGAUAUCACCCGAAGAACGUCGGCAGAUGGAGGCAGAGCGGCUCGCGCGUCUCAAACGCACACGUCCGGACCUGCACAAGGAGGCAAGCACGAUCGAUCUCGUGGACUCGGACAACGAGGAGUAUCAGGAGGACGAGGACGACGGGGGACAGCAGAAGCAGGCGAAAAGGCAGCGCAUCUCUCGUUUACCCUCUCGCGCGCCACCGCGUCGUGCCGACCACCGUCCUUCUGCUUCGUACAGUGCUGCCGCCGGUGCAUCUGCGCCGUCGAGGGCCGGGCCAAGCACUUCUACGGGAAGAGCCAGGAUGGGUGUGGCGGGAGCGGGGGCGGGGGCGUCGUCUUCAGGACAAAGGCGGUUCUGGGAUGGCGAGCUGCGACAGACGGGGAACAUGCACGUCGAUCCGCGCAAAGAUACUCGGUCAGACUUCAGGUUGUCGGAUAUCAUCUCGCCAAAGGAAGAAAUCGAGUUUGCGAUUGUGUCGGCGUACGUUUGGGACUUCUCCUGGGUGUACCAAAUGUUUGCGAGGAGCACACCGGUGAUUGCGGUUGAUCACAGCCAGACUGGAGAGGCAUCUAUCAAGUCCAUCCUACCAAACUGGAUAAGGACGACACCGUUCUUGCGUGGCGGACGCGGAUGUAUGCAUAUGAAGCUAUUCUUCAGAGAUCGACUGCGGAUCAUGAUCUCAACCGCGAACUUGAUCCAAUAUGACUGGCGAGAUAUCGAGAACGUAUGUGAUAUUCGUUCGUUUGACCCUCAACACCGCCGCGAUCCCAAUGCUGCCGAAGACUUUGCAUCAGCCAUGGUCCGUGUGUUACAUGGAGUGAACGUCGCGCCUGCGUUGGUCAACCUACUCCGGAACGACCAUCCGAACCUUCCUCUUCAGAGAUUAGAAGAGCUCCGCACGCACUGGGAUUUUUCGAAAGUCAAGGUUGCGCUCAUCGCGUCCAUCGCUGGGAAGCACGAGGGAUGGCCAAAUGUCAUCCAACAAGGCCACACGGGCCUCAUGAAGUCCGUCAUGGACAAGGGCGUUAAAACGCCCGCGAACAAAGAGCUCAUGCUCGAGUGCCAGGGUUCCUCGAUCGGCCAAUACACGACCCAGUGGCUGAACGAGUUCCACACAUCCGCGUGCGGCGUCUCCGCGCAGACGUGGCUGGACGGCCCGAAGGCGCGGCGCGCGAAGCUGCCGCUCCCGCCGGUGAAGAUCAUGUUCCCCACGGGCCGGUACGUGCGCGAGAGCGUGCUGGGCGAGGCGGGGGGCGGGACGAUGUUCUGUCGGCGGCAGCAGUGGGAGGCGGCCAACUUCCCGCGGCAGCUGUUCCACGAAACGCGGAGCCGGCGAGGGAAGGUGCUCAUGCAUUCCAAGAUGGUCCUUGGUACGUUCCGCGACAAACGAGGGACGCUCGACGCCGCCCCCGCAGGCAGCGACGGCGAGGACAAGCCCGUGGGCUGGCUGUACAUGGGCUCGCACAACUUCACACCGUCCGCGUGGGGUACGCUCUCGGGCUCGGCCUUCAACCCGACGCUGAACAUCACGAACUACGAGCUCGGGAUCCUCAUGCCGCUCCAGAACGAGGCGGAGGUUGACAGGUUGACAUGCUGGGAGCGCCCGCCGAAGAAGUACGUGGCGGGGCAGGACGAGCCGUGGGUGCGUUGUCGAACGUCUGCUCUAGGCUGUCCUUGA